AUGAAAGUUUCGAUCGUAGUUUCAGUAUUUGAACUAUAUUUUACUUGUUAUAAAUUAAUUUAUAACGUUUAAAAGGCAACAUUAAAUUAAUGACAAUUAAAGUUAUGUACAGGUCUUCACCUUUGUUUCCUUAUAAGACACUUUUAUUUCCUUAUAAGAGCAUAUCAAUUAACCAAAAAAGAAGUUUACAUCUCCCAACUAUCAAUAAGUAAUUGUUACGUUUAGAUACAGUAUAUUUAAUAUCUAUUAUUUUAUAUACUUCAUAAAUAUAUGCUUUGAAAAAUGUAUAUAAUAUACUUGUUGAAUACUUAUUUAACUUCGAGUUUGAAGUAAUGACAUUAUUAAUAUUGUUAUACAUUUCAUUAGAAUAAUUAAUUGUGUUAAUUUUAAAUAAUGUAAGUAUAAGAAAAAAUGAUAAAAAGUACAUGCGACUAUAAACACGUAAGUGCAUUACAUAUUUAAUAGUUGUAAAUUUCGUAAAUAUAUAGGAACAAAAGAACUUAAGCUUUUGACUUGAUAGUCUAACUAUACAUGAUACAGAACAUAAUGUUUAUGUAUAUGUCGCUAAUAGUAAUAUAUUAUAAUAUUUAUGCAUUAUAUUUUUGUUGUUGUAAAUAAAGAAACUCACAGAUCUCAUUCGUAAAAUAUAUGCAAAAAGGAAGUUGGCAUAUUUUCCUUAAUCAAAAACAGAUCAGAUUAAGUAACGUACAACAAGGACGUGGCCUAGUACAUGGCGAUGGUGUUCAUGAUGGUCCAACGACUAUCGUCACUGAUCGAAUUGUUCGUAUUGGGUGUGGUCCGAUUUCUUGCUCAAUUUUGUGCCACUUUGCAGCCACAAGUCGGGUGACCAUCGAAGGUACCGUCACCCAGUUACGUCAGCGUACCCGUAGGUCCUGCUCACAACAGUAUAAAAGCCGAAAACAACCCGUCUGUAGUAUCAUUCGCAUUACAGACGUACAGAUCGAGAGAUCUUCCAAUCAAGCAAGCAGUAAUGGCCUUCAAGUUUAUCGCAUUCACCGUGUUGGUAGCAGCCGCCAACGCCGGAAUUUUACGGGAAGCUGCUCCGUUAUCUUAUGCUCCCGCUGCUCCCUUAACUUAUGCGCACGCCGCUCCAUUGGCUUACUCCGCGCCAGUCGCAGUAGCAGCGGCUCCCGUAGCUAAGGCGGUAGUGGCGGCUCCCGUGGCUAAAGCAGUAGAUGCUGACUACGACCCCCAUCCCCAAUACAGCUAUGCCUAUGACGUACACGACAGUCUGACCGGUGAUGCUAAGAGCCAGCAAGAAACCCGUGACGGAGACGUAGUUCAAGGCAGCUAUUCUCUUCUCGAGGCUGACGGAACCAAACGCAUCGUCGACUACACUGCUGACCCCGUUAAUGGAUUCAAUGCCGUCGUUCGCAAAGAAGCUGCUGCUGCUCCCCUAGUCGCCGCUGCACCAGUAGCCAAAAUCGCCGCUGCUCCAGUUGCCUAUGCUGCCCCCGUUGCCAAGAUCGCCACUGCCCCAGUUGCUUACGCUGCUCCAGUAGCUAAAAUUGCCGCUGCUCCAGCUGUAACGUACGCUGCCCCCAUCGCUAAAUAUGCCGCCGCUCCUGUUGCUUAUGCUGCCCCAGCCACGGCCUACAUCCACUGAAUCGAUCUGUUGUCUUUAGGAAUAAUGUUUCUCAAAUAAAUUACGGUUUUUUAGCAACUG